UGAGACAAAAACAUCCUUUGGCUAAAAGUAACUCCUGACUGGCUGAGUUAGUUUGGUUUCCUCAGUCACCAUAAGAGAAACAGGAAGAGGAGGAGCAAGUUCUGAAGUACAUGAUAUCGCAAACUCAGUCUGAUGUUCAGACAGUCAGCAGCAAGACAACAUGGAGGUUACAGCUCUCUGCAUCCGACUGUUGAUGGCUGUAUUGUUGCUGCUGAAUGCACAAGUUGACUUCAGUUAUUCCCAAAACGCUGAUGUAGAUUUUCCUCAGGUUGUCCCAAACAGACAGCAGCACUUUGUAUACGAGUCCAUUGUUGUCAGCUGUGAGGGACUGGAGGGGCUGACUGGAUGGAGAGUGAUGAGGAACAUCAGAGGAGUUGUUAAAACAUGUGCUGCUAGCUGGUCAGCAUCAACAGGACCCUGCAGAAUUAAAAAUGUGUAUCCAGCAGUUGACAGUGGAGAAUACUGGUGUGAGAUGGGAGGAAGAAAUAAAAGCAACACUGUCAACAUCACUGUCACUGCUGGUUCUGUGAUCCUGGAGAGUCCUGUCCUUCGUGUGACGGAGGGAGACAAUGUGACUCUGUCCUGUAGAAAGAAGCUGACGUCCUCCGACCUCACAGCUGAGUUCUUUAAAAAUGGCCACUUCAUGGAGAGCAGCUCUACAGGAGAGAUGAUCAUCCACAGUGUUUCCAGGUCUGAUGAAGGACUCUACAAGUGCAGAAUCUCUGGAGCUGGAGAAUCAGCAGAGAGCUGGUUGGCUGUCAGAGAUGAAGUUUUUCCUCAGGUUGUCCCAAACAGACAGCAGCACUUUGUAUACGAGUCCAUUGUUGUCAGCUGUGAGGGACUGGAGGGGCUGACUGGUUGGACAGUGAUGAGGAGCAUCAGAGGAGUUGUUAAAACUUGCAAUUCUAGCUGGUCAACAUCAACGGGACCCUGCAAAAUUAAAAAUGUGUAUCCAGCAGUUGACAGUGGAGAAUACUGGUGUGAAAUGGAAAGAAGAAGAAAAACAACCAACACUGUCAGCGUCACUGUCACUGCUGGUUCUGUGAUCCUGGACAGUCCUGUCCGUCCUGUGAUGGAGGGAGACAAUGUGACUCUGAGCUGUAGAAGGAAGCUGACAGCCUCUACCCAAACAGCUGAAUUCUUUAAAGAUAGCCACUUCAUGGAGAGCAGCUCUACAGGAAACAUUACCAUCCACAAUGUUUCAAAGUCUCAUGAAGGACUCUACAAGUGCAGAACCUCUGAUGUUGGAGAAUCGCCAGAAAGCUGGCUGGCUGUCAGAGUGGCAGUAUAUGCUGUCGUCAGAAAACCAGAGGAGAAAGCUGGCUCUGUGAUCCUGGACAGUCCUGUCCUUCCUGUCAUGGAGGGAGACAAUGUGACUCUGCGCUGCAGAAGGAAGCUGAUGCCCAGCAACCAAACUGCUGAAUUCUUUAAAGAUGGCCACUUCAUGGAGAGCAGCUCUAUAGGAGACAUUACCAUCCACAGUGUUUCAAAGUCUCAUGAAGGACUCUACAAGUGCAGAAUCUCUGGAGCUGAAGAAUCACCAGUGAGCUGGCUGGCUGUCAAAGUGGCAAAUGUCGUCCCAAAACCCCAUAAGGACAAAGUUGAUUCUGUGAUCCUGGAGAGUCCUGUCCUUCCUGUGAUGGAGGGAGACAAUGUGACUCUGAGCUGUAGAAAGAAGCUGACGUCCUCCAACCUCACAGCUGAAUUCUUUAAAAAUGGGCACUUCAUAGAGAGCAGCUCUACAGGAGACAUUACCAUCCACAGUGUUUCCAAGUUUCAUGAAGGACUCUACAAGUGCAGAAUCUCUGAUGUUGGAGAAUCAUUAGAGAGCUGGCUGCGUGUCAGAGAAGCUCAUGAGGAGCCUCACCCUUCCUCCCAUCAUGCCCCUCAGCUCUACCUGCUGCUCUGCGUUGGCCUCGGUGUUUUCUUGGUGGCUCUGCUGAUGUUGGUCGGAUUAGUGCGAUGUACAGAUCAUCAGACAACCAUCACAGGUACCACAACCUCUCCUUCCUCCUUCCAGUCUUACUCCUCUCAGCUAACAGUGGCAAUAUAUACUGUCGUCACCAAACCCAGGAAGGAGAAAGGUUGCUGAGAGAGAAGACAUCUGGGCAAAGAAUGGAGGAGAUUUCAUUUAGUAUAAGAAGUGUGACAAAUGCUGAUGUAAAACUGACCUGGAGGUUGUUUUAAACAGUGACGUUAGAAAGUAUCAACAUUAUGGCACCAUAAGACCUUGAAUAUAAAGUUUACCAGCUGAUGAGGUGGAGUGGAGUAAGAGGGAUGAUAAAUGCAGUUGUUGUGACUUUGAAUAUUGUGCAGUUAUAAUAUGAAGAUGUAUCAAUUCCAAAAAGGUUCCACCUCAUUUAUGUACAUUGCAACAGAAACAAUUUAAACAUAAGAUGACAGUAAACUUUUAAUAAAAAACCUUUUGAAAGACCAA